AUGGAGACGCUGGCGUGGUCUCAGGACCGAGUCUCGCUCGGCGACGACACCUUCUACACGGACAAACUCGUCAAGACGCGCAGCGACCGCGUCGUGUCCUUUGCGCCGACGGUCGACACGGCGUCGGAUGCGAGCCUGUCGCCGCGGACGCCCCACGGGACGCUGCUCUCGGCGUGGUCGUCGAUCAGCGACUCGAGCUUUGCGCAGCUGCUUCCGUCCUUGUCCGAGGUCGAGUCGGAGGACGCCCGAGGAGCCGAGCGCGACGACGGAGCCUAUCGACUGGAUCGCGCGACCCAACCGGACGAAAACGAGACGGGCGAGGACGACGAGUGGGUGCCACGCCACGCCGAGGUCUGGCGCCGCAGCGCAUCCGAGCUCGCCGACUGUGUUGCCGCCGCCUUGGCGAGCAGCCGCAGUGGCACGGUGGAACCGACCAAGAACCAGCUGCUGGCGAAGCGCAUCUUGAAGCCGGACCGCACGAUCCCAAGGACAAAGCUGCGCUUUCUGCGCCGGCGGACGACGCGCGUCGCCUUCUCGACCGCGACCAUAUACGAGUUUGCGCGGACGCUUGGCGGCUGCACGGUGCCCACGCAGGCCGAUGGCCCGUCGCUCGGCAUGGCCUAUCACCACACACGAGUGCGCGUCGAGUUCGUCUCGGUGCGCGGCCGUAGAGAGGCCCUCACGCCGCUCGCCCUUUCCGACCGGUAUGAGCUGCUCUGGGCGGCAGGCUGCGCCGCCGAUGCGAUGGACGACGCGUGGGCCGAGACGGAAGCGCUCCACGCGCAUCGGAUGGCCGCGCUCCGAGAACUGGUCGCGGACGAGGACGCGGCGCUGGAGAAAGCGUGGCGCAGGUGGACCGUGCGCCAGUGCAUGCUCGCGCACACGACCUCCCUCUAA